AUGCCGCAAAGUCGGAUAUAUAAGCAUCGUCAGUGUGGCCCAGUGCCAGCGCUUGUGCAUCAACGUCAACAGUUCGCCCAACUUCUUCAGCAGCACUCUCUUUCACCACACACUUUCAACAUGUUGCCCGCCGGUGUCAUUCUCGUUAUCAUUCUCGUUGGUCUUGUUGGCGUCCUUCUGUUCUGUAUGUUCAUGUUCCGAAAGCUCAUGGCCUUCAAGAAGCGACGAGCUGCCCCUCAGUACUAA